GUGUGAAGGCAGGAAGGCCCCCUACCCGCGGCGCGCGCGCGCUCUACGCCGACGCGGGCAGCCGCCGCGCCGGCCGCCGCCGCGGGCUCCGCCGCCGGCCAGUGGCAUGGCGCCGCCGACGGCUGCCAUGUAGCUCGCCGGGCUUCCACACCGCCGUGCCUCCACAUCCAUUUGUCUUCCACGCGGCCACGCACUCGGUCUUCCAACUCCUCAUAUAUUAUACGAAACACAGCCAGAUAUUUUUUUGAUAACGUUUUACUUCCCAGUUCCUCGCACUCGAUCCAGAACAAUAGUGACGGUCGGAAAAGGACGUUUGCGCCACAAGUGACAUUCGCUGCUCGGUUACUCCGGCGCUUGCGAAAUAUUGAAUAAACUGCAGUGUUUCCUCUGCCCGAAGGGGCGCACGAAACUAUUGAAUAAUUGUGAAGUGUACAGUACGAGCAACAGAAUGUGAUGAAACCUCUGCUGUAUCAUCGAAGAAGCUUCCCUUUGUUCACCGAGCGUUGAUAAGCUAACGAGUAAUGUACCUCGUGGUUGGUGUUCAGUGACAGUCGAUACCGAUUUAAUUCCAUUUUCGAAGGAACUGGAGCACGAGAAUGGAUCAAAGUAACUCCUAUUGCCUCACUAGUGCCUGCACGUCGGUCGUUGACAGAAUGGUUUCUCACUACUUCCACCUGCGACGAUGUGCCUUUGGGACACUAGAAGCCGAGAAUUUGCGCCCUGUUCGAGUCUGCUGAGGAGGCAGGCGAUGCUGAAGACGUGGCUCCGCAACAUUCGUACUGUUUCGCCUAUAUGUGCGAAUGAUGAUGGUGCCGCGAUCGUGGGCGUUGUUGUCGUUCGGAUAGUGCGAGCACCGUGAGCAUGGGCUAGCCCGGCGUCUCCCCAGGCGCAGAAUGCUCUUCUCGCGCGGUGCCAGCUCCAGGCGGCAACAGCAGCAGACGAGGCGGCGGCAGGCGGCCGACGACCGCGGAGUCUUCGAGCGCCUGUGGCGCGGCGCGUGGACGCAGCAGCAGCAGCAGCACCAGCUCCGCAGCGGGCGGCGUGCCGGCUUCGUAGCGCGCUGCUGCUGCCACUGCGUCGCCAGGCACCCCCCGCCGCCGCCGCUGCCGCCGCCCCCGCCGACGCACACGGCGCUUUCCAACCUGCAGAUCUGCGUGCUCGCGCCGCCACACUCGCGGCGCACGCUUAGGUCUGUCGUCAGUGUUCGAGAAACUCAUCAGAUUGCCGAAGCUCAACAAGAGAAAAAUGCCAAGUUACGUGAAGCUUUUGGCAUCUCUGAAUACUUUGUCGAAGGCAGUAGUCUGGAUCCACAGCGUCAUGUGAAAGAGGCACAAGCUAAAGCAGCUGCAGAACAGAACAAGAAAUAUACUUUGGUCCGUACUCCCAGUCCAGAGCAGUUACCAUCACAUACUGGAGAGAAGGCCAAGAAAAGAAAGAGAAAAUCCAGAGACAGUUCCACCAGUCCUGAGACAAAAAAAGAAAAAAAGAAGAAAGCCAAGAAACACAAGAAAGAAAGAUCAGAAUCACCGAAGCAUUCGAAGAAGAAGCAAACUGGAAAGGACAAAAAGAAGGAGAAAAAUCGCCACAAGAAACGAAGAUCAUCAUCAUCCUCAUCAGAUUCAUCGUCAUCAAGUGAUGAAGACUCCAGCAGUGGUUCAGCUUUGAGCGAUAAAAAGCAGCAGCAGCAACAACAGAAGAAGAAAGAUAAGGCACGUGAACAGCAAUCUAAACCCACUGAUAAAUCUGAAAUUCAAGUCAAAGAGAAACAUCUUGCAUUAGAGAAACGUCGAACGAUGACCUUCUCAAAGAAGAAAGGCUCAAUACAUGACAGUUCAUCUGAAAGUGCUUCUGAAGUUGAAGAAAAGUUGACAAAGAAGAAUACAUCUGAAAAAGGGGAACGCCAUCGUAGCAGAAACCAUGGGCUAUCUCCAUAUAGUAAUCACAGAAAUCCUGGUGAAUCAAGUUCACGUUCAGUGGAUAAAUCUUCAUCAAAAAGUAAUUCUCAUGAUAUCACUAGCAAGUCUGAUAGUAAAAAGGACAGAACAGAUCCCAAAAACAAGAAAACAAUUGACACAGGACAGGAGAAGAAACAGAAAGAAAGAGAAAAUAAGAAGAGGAGAAAUAGUAUAGAAGUUUCACCUGAAGCUCAAUCACGACAAUCAUUAUCUCCUUUUCCAAAGAAAAGUUCGAGCAGCAAAAAAUUCCAGGCACCACCAUCACCAAAGUCAAAGCAUGCCCGGCAGAAAUCUAAAUCUCCAUCCACAAAGCAGCAUAAAUCUACUUCCAUUAGGAGAAGCAAAUCAAGAUCACCAGUAACAAAAAGUGUGCGAUCUAAAGAAAUAAAAUCUUCACAAAAAAUUGUAUCACCAAAGGCCAGGCAUCAGAAGUCAAGAAGUCAUUCAAAAUCAAUCUCGCCUCGACGUACUAUAUCUGACAUUAAGAGAUCAUCACGUAAGUCUCCUUCUCCGAGACACAAGCGGAAAGAUGGACCCAGAUCAAGAAGCAGGAGCAGAUCACAUUCAGUACCAAGAAGCUACAGUAGAAACCACAAACGUUCAAGGAAGAGCUCCUCUGAUUCACCUGUUUCUCCAAAACGUAGACAUUCCUCAAGGCAUCGAUGUAACAGUGACACAAGGUCACCAUCCCUCAGAACUAGCAGAUCGCGAACCCGCCGAGACCGAAGAAGUUCUCCAAAAAUGUCGUCAGUUUCACCCAAACAUAAACGUACUAAGUAUUCUACGUCUCCCACACUCAAAAAGUCGAUACAUUUGAGGAGUAAAUCAAAAUCCCUCGAACGGAGCCAGCUGGCUGCAAAAGUAUCCAAGUCAUCUUUGUCACCUAAGUCUUCAGCACCCUUGAGGUCAAGGAGCAGCAGUAGAUCCCAUAAUCGAAACAGGAAGUCACCAGAUAAUUUAAUAAAACAAAAGGGAUCAAGAUCACCUUUUAACACAAAGAGCAAAGAACGAAGACAUCGAAGUAGGAGUAAAUCACCAAUAAAGAAUCACCACAGCAACAGAUCUCCCAGCAGAACUAAAUUAAAGAAGACAUUGUCUCCUGAAAAGCCUGAUGUCAGCAAAUUGAAAAAAAAUUCACCACCUGUUCAGAGUAAGAAGCAAACAGAUACUUUGAAAUCAAAAAGAACUAACAGUAUGAGCAGUGAUAGCAGUUCUGCUCAGACAAGCCUCAGCUAUUCACCUAUAGAGAAGUACCCAGAACGUUACCAAGAUGUACUGGAUUCAAAGGCAGCAAGUAAAAAGAACAACAUUGCUUCCAAAUCUGUGAACAAACUCUCAAAAAGGAAGAAUUCCAGACACAAGUCGAAGUCUAAAUCUCGCUCUCCAUCUCGAAAUCGAAGGGUUGCAGCAGCAAUUAUACCUAGGGUUCGACUUCGAUCUUCUAGUGGAGAAGAAGAUGAUGAUGAUGAAGAGAAAGAUAACAAAGAGAAGGAAGAGGACAGUCAGGAAAUGGAAACACUGAAACUUUUGAAAUCUGGUCUUGCUGAGAAAGCAAAGGAAUCAUUAGAAAAAAAACUAACUAAACCAUCACCUGAACAUCAGAAACCUGAAGAAUCAGUUAACAAAGAUACUGAAACUGAGAGUGAAGAAAAAAUAGAUGAUAAGGAUAGUAUUCCAGUUUCGAGUGUGGAAGACUCCAUUUGUGACAUUGCUCUACCUCAGAAAAGUCAGACUUCUGAUGAUAAUGACACUGCAUCGGAUAACGAAAAACCCGAUGUAAGUCAGAAGUCCCCUGUAGAUGUUCCUCGUCCUUCUGAGGAACCUGACAUUGCUGUAAUGCCAGAUUCAAUUCCAAAACCACCAGGUUCACCUCCAGCAAAAAAACCUUCUGAAACUGUUGUCAAAUCAGAACCUAUUGAUGACUCGACUACUGCUUCUAAUAUUGAAGUUUUCCUGGAAACUUUGAAGUCUCAACUAAGGGACUCUGUCUCUCCCCCACGGAGGCUCAACCGAAAUGCAAAUUCCAGCAGCAGAUCACGAUCUGGGUCAGAGUCAGCAGAGCGUAGUGUGAAGACCUCUCAUAAAUCCAGGAGUUCAUCACGUUCAUCAUCAAGUCACAGAUCAUCCCAGCGGAGUGUUAAAGGUUACGUGUACAGCAGCAGUGACUCCCGCAGUAGCAUCUCGCGCAGUGCUUCUCGCAGCAGGUCACGAUCUAGCCAUUCGGAUUCAAGUCGUUCAGGGUCUAGAUCUCGGAGUUGCUCCAGCAGCUCCUCAUUCACUAGCAGUUCUACUACCCGCUCUCGAUCACCUUCUAUUCCACGCCGCCGUGGCUCGCCAAGUUUCCUUGAUCGUCGUCGUAUCACCAGGGAUGCUGGAAAAUCCAAAUCAAGGUCGAGUUCCAGAUCAUCUCUAAGCCUUGAUUAGCCUGCAUCAUGGCAGUAUAGGAUGCUUGUGACAUGAACACAUAGUGACAUGAUCUAUUGCUGCUAGUGUACAUUACUUUUCAUUCACAGCUUGUAAACACAAGGACUACAAUCUCAUUGUCAAAUAGAGACCGCGACUGUGUUACUAACUUGUCAGCACAGUCAUUCAGAGUGUAUAUGUACAUAUGUACCCAUGUACACAAUUUAUGUGUAAAUUAUUAAAAUUUCUUUUAUUUU